CGUUGCCGUUUUAUGCGGUCGUGGUCGGCCUGGUGAGCUCGCCGCAUCCAGGACGCCAGGGUCGACCGCAACGUGGCGCUCGCACACCUACUGGCCCUCCACCACGGCUCGGCGCCCUCGCGCACCACAACUGGAGACCCAGCCGCCGCCAUCCUGUCGCCAAAUCCAACGGAAUUGUUCUGAUUGGUUUCUGUUCCACGGCCAACGGUGGCGAAAUUGAACUUGCCACGGUCGACAAAGUGCGCGCCACGACCUCGACACGACCAUGAAUGCUCUCGACGUGAUCGCAAACGUCAUGGCGCUGUACAACUCGGAGACACAGGAUAUCGACUCGAUCGUCGACGCGCACUACCACCCUGACGCGGUCUUUUCCGACCCGAUCGUGAAAGUCCAUGGCCGCGACAACAUUGCCGCGCAGUUUCGCGUCCUGCCCUACGUGUUUCAAAGCUGUGGCACCUCCGUCCUACAUCGUUCCAUCGCGGGCACUCGCAUCCUCACCGUAGACAGUGUCUUGUCCGCGACGUUCAAGUUCCUUCCCAAGUACUUUGGAUGCUCCUUUCGCAUGUUUACCGUGCUCGAAGUGAAAGACGUCAAGAUCGUCCAGCACACCGACUUCUGGGACGUCCAGUCCGUCGUGGAAAACGUGCCGGUGAUCUCGUCGGUAUAUCCCAAGAUGCGCCGCGUCCUCGGGUACUCGUCCACGAAGGUGGUCAAGAUUUUGUCGCCAAGGCCAUUGCCGGCCAUGCCCGCCGAGUUGUUGCAGCUGGAAGAGUCCAAGACGGACGACAGCGCGGCCGCCGUGUAGCCCGUGCUCUUUUCCCCAACAUGAACCCUCGAUUCCCA